AUGUAUGUGAAAUGGUUUGAUACAGUAAUGUUUUACUAUGUGAUUUUAGUGAAUGUCACUUUUUGUCAUUUUCAAAUUUUCCCCGUCGUUCCGCUCCCCAUACAUCCCGAGGGACGGAACCCAGAUGAAAGAUGCCGGCAUCCGCCGGAUUACAUUGCCGGGGACACUGCAGGAGGGACAUCGCGGGAGCGCAGGACAAGGUAAGUGAUCGAGGGAUCGCGGAACAGCGCCGCAUGGUAAGCCCAAGUGUAGCUCGGGGUUACCGCUUGUGCUACACUCGGGAAUACCGCCAGGGAGGCUACGUUGA